UUUCCCCUCAAAAGUAAAACAGCUUAAAUGUAUACAUUUCAAGCAUGAAGACGGACUUGCGUCAAUGCGCAACUUUCGGGGUGAGACAUUGAAAAAGGGAAGUUAUAGCAGUUUUGAUACAGGCUGCACUUUGUUCAGACUACAUAAGGGCUGCGUUCCUGCUGCACAGUAACGCGAGCAGUCAUAUCCGCCUAGUUGCAUUUGGCAUCCAUCAAAAACAGGAUGACCUACAAUUAAUAGGAAGAGUAGCUGUUCGUUGGGAAUAUUUCACACAUCUUGAGAAGCAAAUGCGGGAAAUACACAUUAUAAGUGUUCUGAUUGGAAGCAAUACUUAGCUGUUAUUGGAGUUUCUUAAAGAGAGUUGGUCAACUGUAUGACUUUUCAGCUAGCUUGCAUUUUGAAAUGUUAUGUAGGUAUCUUAAUUGUUUAGUCUACGUGUUUAUACAAAUGGGUUUCGCAGCACCCGUGGAUUAGGGGAACUGCCUUACUGCAUAUAUUUUUUUUAAUUCCUGAAACCAUUUUCCUUCGCUUAUUUAAAAUUCAGCCACUGGAAAUAUCCUUACGGACACGAACUGUACGAAUUUAUCCUCGGAGCCUAACCAAUCAUCUGUAGAAACGCAACUUCUGCUUAAGAGUAUUUGGACCAGCUGCUGAAGUUUUCAAGCUGUGUAAAGACUUCUCAUCUUUAAGAAGAGAAAACAGCCUACACCUUAAAUAUGAAAGUAUAAGUGCAUAUCAAUCUAAUACCGAGUACAUGUACGCGAGAAUGAUGUAUGGACAUACAGCGGAGACGAAUAAUUUUUGUGCGUCCGAUUUUAAUUUUUUGUCUUCGUGCUACUCCAGUAAAUUGUUUUUCGACUCAAGAAAAAAAUGCCAACUUUCCUUCGCCGACACUCCGCUUAUCCCAGGAUAUUCUGCAGGUACGGCACUUUUCGCAUGUCGUGGUCCGCUUCAAUCUUCGGGAUCUCCGCUUCGCUGCGCUACGGCUAAUACGGAACCUUUAAAUGCCAGGACUUGGGCAAACCAGGCGUACCUAAAUUACCUGUACGGGAUGGAGCGUGACCCGACACCCCCUCAGCCAUCUGCUGCACAGUCCACAAGCCUUAAGUUUGGGAUCGAUCGGAUACUGUCCACCGAUUUUGACAUAAAGGCAAAAGAAGCCUCCACUUUCAGAGAUCUCGUAUCCAAUGUUAGCAGAGAAGGUUUUUCGGGACUCAAUUGCUACGUGCAGUCUGCGACAGAGCGAUACUACUCUUCUUUAGAUACCCGUAACGCUUCCUCUGCGCCGAGCUCAGACGGCGACGCGGCAAGAGAAAUAGCGCAGCAUCAGAUUCAAGAAGGGUAUCCAGGUCCGUACGCAGUCCUCGCAAAGGAUGCGGCGCCUCAGACGAAUAGAAGAAAAAGGUCGUGGUCGAGGGCAGUGUUUUCCAAUCUGCAGAGAAUGGGAUUGGAGAAACGAUUCGAGGUCCAAAAGUAUGUUACUAAACCAGACAGAAAACAACUCGCAGCGAUGUUAGGUUUAACGGAUGCCCAGGUUAAAGUAUGGUUCCAGAAUAGGAGGAUGAAAUGGCGACACUCGAAGGAAGCCCAGACGAAGAAAAACAAAGCACAGCAGACUAAUUGCUUGAUAACUGGCAGCCUGGAAGCUAUUCAGACGCAUCACGAAUCCGGUUGUGAGAGUGAAGGGACCGAAUCUGAAUUCGAUGAUGGUCAGCAAGGGUGAGGGCAACGCUUCAGCCAACAAUUUAACGUCAGGACCUGAUCUGAGUGACGAUGAACACAGGGGAACUGCAUUGCUGCUUUUUCUCCGGCAUUUUAAAGAAAACAUUUGGAUUAAGCCUACUAAUGUUGUCAUUUGUGAAUGAGACAGCAUUAACAUUCACAUACCAAACACCCGAACUAUUGAAAGAGUCUCACUAAGUACAACCGACUUGCCAAGCUUUGCUUUUCUAACAACUUCUGUAGCUUAUUCACUUUUCAACAGCCUGCUUGUAAUGAUUCCGUUUUUGUAAUGAUUUUUAUUUAUAUCCUUAAACAACAGUUUGGCAGGCAUUAUCGUUUGUAGACUAUACUAUAGUUUGAUUUGUGGAAUGUAUUACAUAUCUUCGUUGCAUUUUUAUACCCAGAAACGUGCAGAAAAUGUAAGCGUCAUCAUCCAAUUUGUAUUCAUCAAAGAGAGGCUCCUUUAACAUUAAAAUGGUUGUACUGUUGUCAUGGGUAACUUCUCAUCUGUACCGAUAGGAUCUUCCUAAAAUGCUUAACAUGAAAAAGAAUAACGUGCCUUAAUGUCCCGAAGCAACAGUUUAGGAAAGACAAAUUUCUCGCACACGUCAGUGGUCAUAAACACGGUUUACGCAUGAAACUAUGAUCCUAAGAAGAAAAAAUUAAAUUAGCAAAUGGAUGUACAGUAGAAAGCCUGCAACACUCAAAAACAAACACCUCAAGGACGUAAGAGGGUAUAUAUAUAACCAGUUUUUGUGGAGACAUAAUUUAUUUUAAAUAUGGUAGUAUUAUAUAAGGCAAAACAUUAGAGAAUAAUACAAAGUUGAAUAGCUCCUCCCCCCAAAAAAACACCUAAUUGAAAAUGUAAGGCUUUUAUAAAAUAAGUUUGACAGACUCAUUUGAGACAAAAUUCGUUUGAGAGAAUUUUUUUUUCUUUUUAAGUUUCUGUUUACCUACAUAAGCCAUGUUAUAUCAUUUCUUUAUAAAGGGCUUGUAUACGUGGUGGGUGAAUAUUGCAAUUUAUGUUUCAUUUUAUAAUACAUAUCUUUGGAUUUUAAUUUUAAGAUGUUGUUUUGGUGAAUUAAAUCACGUUAAGGUUUCCCUGUACCGUUUUGCUAUACUUCUACGUAUUUAGUGAAAUUUCUUUAUCGGUUGUAAUGAAAUAAACACAAAAUCAAUGCUGAUAAGUUAUGCCAGUAAAAUACGCACCAUUGGCAAAUACAUGCUAUAGAACACACAUGAAUUGUAACCUUUCACUGUAAACUGUUUUCGAUUAAAGCUUGAAAUAGA